AUGGGAGCCACUCCCUUUCACCCCUCAAUCCUCAAGGUCCGGCUCCCGAGAAACUUCGACAAGCCGACGAACAUGAGGUACGACGGGACCAAGGACCCCCAGGAACACAUCACAGUUUCUGAAGCAAGAAUGAACCUGGAGGGGGUAGACGACGCGGUCAGAUGUCGGGCAUUCCCCGUGAAGUUGGCCGGUCCAGCAAUCCGAUGGUUUAACAUCCUCCUACAAGAGUCCAUCACAGCUUUUGCAGAUGUAGGACGAAGUUUUCUAGCUCGGUUCACGACACGCAUAGCCAAGGCAAAGCACCCAAUCAACUUACUGGGGGUUACCCAAAAACCCGGCGAACCGACCAGGAAGUUCCUAGACAGGUUCAACGACGAGUGUUUAGAUAUCGACGGCCUCACGGACUCAGUCACUAGUCUAUGCCUAACAAACGGCCUGCUAAACGAAGACUUUAGGAAGCACCUCACAACCAAACUUGUAUGGACCAUGCAGAAAAUUCAGAGCGUGGCCAAGGAAUACAUUAAUGAUGAAGAGGUCAGUCAGGUUGUAGCAGCCAAUAAACAGCAGCUCCCUAGCUCGUCAGCUCGGCAGGCCCCUCACGUUGACAGGUACAAAGAAGCUCCCAGGGACGGCUCCCUAAACUAG